AUGGACGUUUGUGACUAUAUCGAGUUCGGUCUCCCCGGAUCCGUGCUGUACCGGGGCUUUCUCCUGUCGGACCCUCCCGCUUCCGCUACCUCCACCGCACCUGGUGUUGUUACCGCGUCCAACAAGUCGCAGUCUUCGCCUUCACCUUCGCCUUAUUCGAUUAUUCAGUCUGGGCAAGAUCAAGAGGACACCACGAUCAUCCACCCGAUCUCCACGUGGUAUGACGUUCCGAUUCGCCCUGCUAACUCAGGUUUGUCGCACGGCGGCGGCGGCCUGGAUGGGCUUAUGGCGGGCGACUGCGUUUCCAUGGUGUGCUGCACGCCGCGUAACUCGUGGGUGCAAAUCGGGGCGGCUUGCAACGAGGUGUGUCACCCUCUGCGCGUUCGCCAGGUGGACGGUUUGCCCUCUCAUUACAGUCACAAUCUCGAUUGGAACCUCGGGAUCAUCCCGCAGACGUGCUCGUGCCGCCAAGGCGACAACGGAGUUCCCCAGUCUGGAUCUGGCGACAAGGCAUGCGACGCGGCGACAUGCGCGACCAUGUGCGACAAUGCAUGCGAGAGGGGGAGCGACCAACACGCGCCGUUGGAGGUGAUCGAAAUCGGAAGCGGGGAGGCUCGAGUGGGGCAGGUGUAUCUGGUGAAGCCGCUGCUCGCUUUCCUCGUCGUCAGCCCCGAUCUCAAGUCGUCCUGGAAGAUCGUGGCCGUCGAUUCUUCGGAUCCGAUGGCUGAGACGUUGCUGGAUUCGCGAAGUGGUUACCCGACCCUUUACUACCCCACCCCCCCACCCCACAACCCUCGUCCAGUCGAUCUGCCCAGCACCAUCGCGGGUCUCGAUCCGCCCAGCACCAUCGCGGGUCGUGAGAAGCCAGCGCCCUUGCAUCGCACCAUCGCCGCCAUCAGCGCCGCCCAUGCCGCCUGGACGCACUGCCGCCGCUACAGCAGCAGCAGCGCCAGCAGCACCAACACUACGAGCAGCAGCAUUCCCAGGGACGGAGUUUCACUAAAGGAUCUGAGGCAGCUCGCAGAGCAAACGGCCUCUGCUGCUCUCACCAACGCCAUCUCUGAAUUCGCCCGCGUGCCCUUCGCCCAACCUGCCUCCUUGCCUGUCGCCACUGCAGAUGGUGCUUCUGUUGCCGAACCUGUGGGCCAGCAGGUUCGGAAGCAACGCCUGUUCCGAAGGUCAGGCUCGGAGCCAGGCUGGUGUGGCAUGCGGAAGAAGGAGAUUUCAUUUAGAAUUGACGAGCGAGCGGAUGAUUCAAGUGAGACUGAUGGUGGGGGUGGGGAUUGGGGGAGAGGAGACGAAGAAGGAUGGCAAGUGUAUGAUGAUGUGGAACAACAGCAGAAGCAGCAGCAGGCGCAGAAGCAGGGAGGGUUGGCGCGUAUGAAAGUGCGGUGGCAGCAGCAGUGGCAACAGCAGCAGCAGCAGCAGCAGCAGCAGCAACAGCAGCAGCAGCAGAAGCAGCAGCAGCAGCAGAAGCAGCAGCAGCAGCAGCAGCAGCAGCAGCAGCAGCAGCAGCAGCAGCAGCAGCAGCAGCAGCAGCAGCAGCAGCAGCAGCAGCAGCAGCAGCAGCAGGAGAAGCAUCCGCAGCAGAAGGGGAAGCAGCAACAGCAGGAGGGGAAGCAGCAGCAGCAGGAGCAGCUGGAGGAGCAGGGGAAACAGACACAGCAGCAGGUGAAGCUGCAGCAGGAGGGCAGGAAGUUGACGAGGCACUGGCGAUCCUCCUCGUCUUGUGCUCUUGAGAUCCCUACAGGAAUGCUGCUAGACUCUCCCUCACCCUUGCAUCGUUCCUCCUCUUCCCUCCUCCGCCAACCCCGCACCUUGACCCGCUCCACCUCUGCUUUCCUGCGCCAACCCCUCACGCCCUCCCCCUUGCCGCGUCCCCCUUUGCCGCCUCUCACCCCUCGCCCCCCCCCGCAUGCCUUCUCUGCCACCUCCUCCUCCUCCUCCUCCCACAGGCAAGCGGCCUCAAGAUCUGUGUUUUGCCACCUUGUUGAAUCUGAUCAAGUGGUGGAUCAAGGGGUGGGUGAAGCGCCCAAGGCGGGUCAAGUAGACAUUCAGAGAAGCAGACACGGCCGAUCACGCAGCAGCAUCAGCUUCAGCUUCAGUGGGACCAACAGCAACGUUGGGUGUUGUGGUAGUGAGACUCCCAAUGCAAUCCGCAGCAGCAGUAGCAGCAGCAGCAGCAGCAGCAGCGUCAGCAUCACCAACAACAGCUGGCAGUUGGGUCGAUCGGCUUCUCUUCACGUCCUCAUCCCGCCUCCUCUCAUGGACGCCCCAUCCUCAACCCCUCCCCAGGCAAUUCCUUCCUCUUCUCCCAAUUCCGCCUACCCUCCCUUGAAACCUCCUCCUGGUAUGGCCUCUCCGUCGCUCUCUUCCCUACCCUCUCCCGUACCCUCUCCCAUGCCCACUGAUAGAGGAGGGAUGUACGACUUUCGGCGGUCAAUCUCCGCUCAGACCGAACGGGAGUCCCAAAAACCACCUGCCAGGGCUGGGAGGCUGGAAAGGUCUGGCAAGUCAGGGGGGCUGGGCGCAGAUCUGCUGUCUGACACACCGAAAGAGCGUGCCGGUCUGCCCAAGACGCCGAGGGCAGGAACCGAUCUUCCUGGAACCUCCAAGGGACGCAGCGGGCUGCCGAAAACGCCGAGAACGUCGAGAACGGCGGAAGGGGAUAGCGCCUUUCGUAAGUCGCCAACAGCAAGGAGCGAGCAGCCCAAGACCCCUGAAGCAGGCAAUGAGGUGCCCAAAACCCUUCCCAGAGCACGAACUGAGCUGGGGCUGAUGGCCCCAAGGGGGCAAAGGGAGCUGUUCAAGACCGCCAAAGCUGCCGUUGGUGCUGGUGGUGGUAGUGGUGCUGUUGGUGGCACUGCUGGUGCUGCCGGUGCUGCUGGUGGCGCUGCUGGUGCUGCUGCUGGUGCUAGUGGUGCUGUUACUGCUUCAAGUCCACGGGACGCAAUGGAUGAAGCUGCUGACGGCAGCAAUGCGUCAUCAACGCUGACAGCGGGUGGCGGCGGCGGUGGUGGUGGUGGUGGUGGUGGUGAGAGAAGCGGCAGGAAGAGCAGGAUGAUGAAGGCAGUGCUGAAGCUGUUUGGGAAGAGCCGGGGGAAAGGCCAGAGCCAGAGCCAGAGGCAGAGUGAGAGGCAGAGCCAGGGCGAGAACAAGAACAGCACGCAGGGAGCACCUGCAGAUGCUCCAGCUAGCCAGAUCACCCCUUCACUGAAUUCCCGUUCCCUUAAGGGGCUGGAUGUUGCUGGGUCUGCUUUUGGGGGCUCGUUUUGCUCUCUGGCUGCUGCCGCUGUUGUUGAUGCUGCUGGUGGUGCUGCUUCUGGUGCUGCUUCUGGUGCUGGUGCUGGUGCUGGUGCUGGUGCUGUUGUUGAUGCUGCUGGUGGUGCUGCUUCUGGUGCUGGUGCUGGUGCUGGUGCUGGUGCUGGUGCUGGUGCUGGUGCUGCUUCUGGUGCUGGUGCUGGUGCUGGUGCUGGUGCUGGUGCUGGUGCUGGUGCUGCUUCUGGUGCUGGUGAUGAUGCUGAAUCUGUUGGUGACCUUGACGCUGAUGCAGGAGAGACACUCUUCGACCUCCCAUACUCAUCCAAUGGUCACCACCAUGACGAGUUUUACGCUGACUUCACGAUGCCUCUUUCCGAAAGCCCCACAUCUCUUUACGGCAACACUAACAGCAGCACGGACGUGUUGACUCGCUUCAAGCGUGCUCUCUCUGACAAGACCGAGCGACCCCUGCCUCUUUUUGAGGACGUUCUUUAUCCGGGCAGCAGUCCACGCCUUCCUGACAGCAGCACUGAUGUGUUGGCCCGCUUCAAACGCGCUCUCUCUGACAACACUGAGCGGCCCCGGCACGACUCCCCACAGCACAGCCCAUACGCUGCUGCUGCGGCAUCUGGAGGUGGGGGAGGAGGAGGAGUAGCAGGAGGGGGAGGAGCUUUUGGGCUCUCUCCCACGUCCGUCCCACGCCCCGUCUCUCGCUGGCACAGGAGGAGCCGGUCUCUCACAAUGCUGCAGCGAGCCUACGGUUCGGCCAGUGAGUUCCUGGGCUCGAGUGAUCUGGAUCUGCUCCUGCUGCAAGAAGCACCUGAAUCAGAUGAGUCACAGGAAUUUCAGGGGUUGCAGGCAUUGCAGGGAGCAGCGGCAGCACGGGAAGGACAGGAGGCUCAACCGCAAGCUGCACCUGCAGCAGCAGCAGCAGCAGCAGUAGGAAAAGCAGAAGCAGUAGCAGCAGUAGCUGCAGCAGAAGCAGCAGCAGAAGAAGAAGAUGCAGAAGGGGAGGGAGGGAAGGAGGAGCAGGAGUCACUUGAGUCUCGGUUGAGGCGGUGGCAUGAGAGCAUGGGUGCCUCAUCUUCCUUCUCCCCCUCACAUCCUCCCCCCAGAGGGCUCUUUGUGCCCGGCCUGCCCCACUGGACCAAGCGGUCGCUCCCUCGCUCGCUGCGCAUCUCCCGCUCGCUGCUCUCCUUUCAAGAGCGAGCGCUGCUGGAGCACCGUCAAGAGACCGCCCUCCUGCAGGGCAUGGCUGGCAGAUUAGAUGGGAAAAACGAUGGCGAGAAGGACGGUGAAAACGAUCCGUGGAGUGUGAGGAAUGGGGAGAGUGACGAAGCGAUUGGCGAGGGGAGCAAGGAGGAGAGGAACAAGAGGAGAGCGAGGAGGUGUGCUCGAGCCAACAGCGACGGAGGUGUGGGCUCCCUGCUGUCAGCAGCAGCAGCAGCAGUAGCAGCACCGGUGUCCCCUGGCGAGUCGAUUCGAGCGGCCGUGACGGUUUACUCGGCUUCCAGGGAGUUCUGGCGCCCCCCCUCCACCCCCAAGCCUGUGAAGCAAGCCAAGGUGUGCCUCCCCAUGUACUCCCCCCCUGUGCCGCCCAUCGGCCUCGAGAAGCUGAUGGAGGGCGGGACUGGGGCAGGUGGGACUGGUGGGUUUGCUGGAUUUGGUGGGGGAGGGGGGUGGGGGUUUGGUGCAGGCUGGUGGGGUGCGGUAGAGGGAGCAGGGGAAGAAAGGAAGGAGGGGACAGGAGAGGCUGGGUGGCUGGGGUUUGAAGGGUUGGUGGAUGCGGCACGGGGGAUGAUGUGGAGGGGAGGAGAUGAAGGUGGGGAGGGGGCAAAGGAGGAGGAGAAAGAGGGGAGUUUACGUGCAGCUACAGGGAAGGAGGGUAUUGGGUACCAGGAAGGAGGGAGAGAGGCCGUGGAAGGAGAAGAGAAGGGUUUGACUGUAGAAAAGGAGGGAAAAUGUUUUGAGAAAGGAGAUGAGGAGGGAGAUACAGGGGGGAUUGCAGGAGAGGAAGGAACAAAGGGAGGUGGGUGA